AUGACUCCUGAUCUCGCGAGCUCUCCGUUUUCACUGCUUUUUCGGUGUUGAUACUAUUUUGUUAUGGACUGUGUUGAGUUAGACGCCCACCACUGGUAAAUAAUGGAUCGAGCUUCAUAAAGCAGGAUUCAGUGUGUUUCUCCUGGACUUGCCACAGAGAGGAUGCUCCCCUGCCUGGCCCACAGACCAUGGCAAGUCCUCUGCCGGGUCUACCUGCUACAACGAGCCCCUUUAUCUCAGAGACCCCCUAAAAUAGCAAAGCCAUGUUUUGGUUGGCAAAGUGGAGGAGGUGUGCACAAACUCUGGUUUAGCUCCCCCGAUUCCAGAGUCGCUUCCUUAACGUGGACACAGAUUCAGAACUGUUCCACAACAGGCAGUGAUAAAGACGGAUCUCCAGCAGGCCCUGUAGAGCCAAAGCCCACUGAGGAAGAACAAGCUGCACAGCCCUCUGCAAAAACAGCUGGUAGCAAACCUCAAGGUCUGAUGAAAGCACAGAGCAUUCAAGUGAAAGUACGGGCUGUCCUGAAAAAAAGGGAAUAUGGCACCAAAUACACCCAGAAUAAUUUCAUCACUGCAGUCAGAGCUAUGAACGAGUUCUGCCUCAAACUCGGUGACCUUGAGCAGCUUAGAAAAAUCCGUCGACGUAGUCCCCAUGAUGACACAGAAGCCUUCACCGUCUUCCUGCGAUCAGAUGUGGAGGCAAAAGCGCUGGAUGUAUGGGGAAGUCAAGAGGCACUUGCUAGAGAGAGGAAUCUCAGGAAGGAGGUGGAAAGGGAAUACCAGGAAAACAUAUUUAGAAAUCAGAAGCUGUUGAAGGAGUACAAAGACUUCUGGGGGAACACAAAGCCUCGGUCUAGGAAGAGAGUGACAUUUCUACAAGGGCCGGGAAAAGUAGUGAUGGUGGCUAUAUGCAUAAAUGGACUGAAUUUUUUCUUCAAGCUGUUGGCGUGGGUUUAUACAGGAUCUGCCUGUAUGUUUUCAGAAGCCAUCCACUCACUGGCUGAUACCUGCAAUCAGGCUCUUCUUGCACUAGGCAUCAGCCAGUCUGUCCGGAACCCAGAUGCCAUCCAUCCGUACGGCUUCUCCAACAUGCGUUACAUCGCCUCUCUCAUCAGCGGAGUCGGAAUCUUCAUGAUGGGUGCUGGCUUGUCCUGGUAUCAUGGCAUUAUGGGACUCCUGCACCCUCAGCCAAUAGAAUCACUGCUCUGGGCUUAUUGUAUUUUAGCAGGAUCUCUGGUAUCUGAAGGAGCUACUCUAUUGGUGGCCAUUAACGAGAUCAAGAAGAGUUCACGUAAACAAGGCUUGUCUUUUUAUGAGUACGUGAUGCAAAGUCGAGACCCCAGCACUAACGUGGUCCUGUUGGAGGACGCUGCUGCUGUGGUCGGGGUGGUGCUGGCAGCUGGAUGUAUGGGACUAACGUCUCUUACAGGUAACCCCUACUAUGACAGUCUGGGUUCUCUGUGUGUGGGCACCCUGUUAGGAACAGUGUCUGCAUUCCUCAUCUACACUAACACAGAGGCUCUGCUGGGUCGCUCCAUCCAGGCCGAGCAUGUGCAGAAGCUCACAGAGUUUCUAGAAAAUGACCCUGCUGUCAGGGCGAUUCAUGAUGUCAAAGCCACAGAUAUGGGGCUGAGCAAAGUGCGCUUCAAGGCGGAGGUGGACUUCGAUGGGCGGGUGGUGACACGCUCAUACCUGGAGAAGCAAGACAUUGAACAGAUCCUCAAUGACAUUCAGCAGGUGAAGACGCCAGAGGAGCUGGAGAACUUUAUGUUAAAGCAUGGGGAGAACAUUAUUGACACCUUAGGAGCAGAGGUGGACCGUCUAGAGAAAGAACUUAAGCAACGUAAUCCUGAGGUGCGACAUGUGGAUCUGGAGAUUUUAUAAUGUCAUGACACAUUGCUGAAUGGGGAUCCGGAUGGAGUGGAAGGAAAACGAAAACGAAUCAAACCUCGAGCGACCAUGAUCACCCCAUGCUUUCCAACCAGCCAAUCAGCUGAGGUCUUAUGUUGCACCUAUCACACAUCAACCAAGCACUCUAACCUGUGCAUGGUUUCAGUAGCUGUUAAAAUAGCAGAACCAUAGCCACAUCAGAGAGGACUCCAACUGGACAUGGCUAAUAAAUGAUUAUUUUACAAUCAUUGGCUUUCAGAUAUGUGGUAGUUUGUACCAUCAGAGCUUUGAAAUCAUGUCCAUGGAUUGUAAAAGGACCAGUCUUAUUUCAUUUUACAGUUUGCAUGCAAAGCAGCAUAAACACUAAUAUUUUACAGCAGUUCUCACAGUAACACCAGGAUAUAACCAUAAAUAGUUAGCUUGAAGGGUAAAGCGUCCAUUCUGCUAGAUGAAAGCACUGGUUUAAAUUAUAUGUAAAAAAGUUUUCCAUGUUACUCCACUGUUUUUUUUAAAUGCACAGAGAUGAUGGCGUGUUCAAACAAUGCCAUUGUCAUUGAAUGAAGUAAGCGGAUUUAUUGAUUAUUCAUGAGUGAGUUACAAAACUGAACAGCAGUUUUAAUCUACUU